CCCCAUUCUCCAGCGGGCCUUUAUUACCAAAUUCUAAGCACGGUAAACCAGUAUAUAAGACACACACAGAUGUAAGAAUCAUUGAGUAGAGGUUCUUCUCAUCAAAAUACGUUCAACAUAGAAGAGUAACAAUAAAGUUGCCAUUUAAGGUGCUUUAAGAUAUGGGCAUUUAAGGUGCACACAAAGCGUGUUUUGAAGGGUACUGCACAUGAUUAUUGGUUCAUACCCCAGAUUCUACGAACACAUAAUCGAUCAUGACAAAGAGUGAAAGAGUACAUGGAUCAGGCUGCCAGCUUCUGGCCACUGUCUAUUACUCGGUGACGGUUCUGGUUUUCGUGCUCGUUGCUUGCAUUGAGCUCAGUGAUGCCGCCACACUCGACGACGUCUACCACCUCGUCGAGUAUGAUCUGUCUGGCAUCCCAUAUGGAUCUCGGCUCGCCUCUCUCAAUCAUCGUGCCAGCUCAUCUUUAUUAUCAUCUACCUCCGGGCACGGUUCCAUUGUUGAUCUCUCGCAGUCUGUUAUCAUGCUUCCACUUCGUGAAUUGAAUCUCACUCUCAUCAAAGGGUUCACCAAGAUUCUGAAGCAAAAAAGCUCUAAUAUAAGCUGGCCAGACCAAAACAAGCAUGUAGAAUUCUUGUUUUGUUAACCUGCUCCAUGAAAGGAUUAUUGCAAAUUUAUCACAAUGAAAC